AUGGUUGCGCAGUCACUAAGUUCGCUCUUGGGGCGGGCAUCGAUUGACGAUCAUGAGGAGGUUAUCCAAUCCUGCAACGAAGCUCUUACCAAAUCCAAAUCCGAUAUCAACGCCCAAUACAUUAAAGCUAUCGCCCUGUUGAAGCUUGAUCGUUACGAAGAAGCACUGCGGGUGCUGGAAACCGGAGACAUUGCCUUGAAGCAGCAAGCAAGCUUGGAGUAUGCCUAUGCACUAUACAAAUGUUCCCGGCUGGAGGAGGCUCUUGUUGCUGUCACUCAGUCUACUGGUGGCCGAGGCUCUGGUCAUCUUGAGGCUCAAGUGAGCUACCGCGCUGAACAUUUCCGUCGUGCCGCCGAGAUCUACGAGAAAUUGUCGGAAGAUAAAGAGGCUCAUCGUCAUGAAGAGAAUGAUCUGAGCAUCAACUCGUGGGCUACUGAUGCCCAGCUUCAGUGGAAGGGAGAGUCGGAAUACGUGCGCCAUGAUCGACCCUCAAGAGAGGAUUUGGAGUCUUUCGAGACCGCUUAUAAUGCGGCUUGUUUGAAUAUCGCCAAGGGAGCAUUCGCUCAAGGAGAGGUGCUUCUGAGCCGUGCGAAGAAUAUCUGUCAGACAUCAGAGGAGCUGUCUUCCGAAGAUCGGGCUGCAGAGUUACUCCCUAUUUCUGUGCAACAUCUCUAUGUCUUGAUCAAGCAGGGCAAGACAGAGCAGGCGGAGUCACUCCUCAAGGAGAUUUCCGUCGAAGAUAUCCCAGAACUCUCCACCAGGCGAGUUGCCCGAAACAACAUUGUCCUUGCUCAGCAAACUGCGGUCAACCCGUAUAAUCUGUAUAAGUCUCUCCACGAGACCCCAGAGGCUGUCGAUGCCGACCGGUUAUUUGGAUUUCAGGAUAAUGCUCUGACAGGCAACUCCCACGCCGCGGAUCUUCUCGUUAAAAAAUACGAUGGUAUCAUUCGAUCAACAGUCAAGGGUCUUUCAAAAUUCACCUCCCCUUCUACUGAGGCUAGCGCAAACCUCCUCUCCGUGUAUAAUGCUGCUGGCCAUGCAGAGGGACAAACAGGUCCCAAGGCCCUGAAGCAGAUUCUCUCCUUACUGGAACGACGACCCAAGGAUCUGGGCCUCCUGUUGACUGUUGUCCAAUUGUACGUUGAUGCUGGCAACACCACAUCUGCCAUUACUGCUGUGGAGCGAUCACUCCGUGCCCUGGAGGACUCCAUCUCCGAAGCCGACCAAGACGCCCGCUUCAACCCCGGUCUUCUCAGUGUUCUCGUUUCCUUGUAUCAGACUGAGGGCCGAAAGCUCCAGAUCCGCUCUACUCUCGCACAAGCCGCCUCAUACUGGCGCACCAAGCCCGAAGCCCCCACCUCUCUCCUGCGCGCCGCCGCCAAGGCUCUUCUUUACUCCGACAGCCCAUCAGACCUAGCUACAGCAGGCGACCUCUUCAAGUCUCUCUACCAAAAAGACUCUAGCGAUCGCAUCGCCACCGCCGGCUAUGUCGCUUCACAAGCUACCCUCGACUACUCCCAAGUAGAGUCACAUAUCGACCAGCUCCCUGCCAUCAAUGACCUUGUUGCGGAAAUUGACAUCUCCGCCCUCGAGUCAGCUGGUAUUGCGCCAUCCGCCUUGUCUGCGGCUCACGCCGCCGCCUUGGCGAGUGCGCGUAAGCGAUCUGCAGCGGACAAGGAGGGACCUGCUACAAAGCGUAUUCGAAAGUCUCGCCUGCCUAAAGAUUUCGAUUCUGCUAAAAAACCAGACCCCGAGCGUUGGCUGCCACUGCGUGACCGCUCCUCAUAUCGUCCUAAGGGUAAGAAGGGUAAGCAACGUGCUGCGGAUCGUACUCAAGGUGGGCCUGUUUCUGAGAAGCAGGAGUCCGCUGCUCAGCAACAGCCGCAGACUUCUGGGGGUGGUGCUAGCUCUAAGAAGAAUAAGAAGAAGGGCAAGCGGUAG